AUGCCGCUUAAAGAUGUUUUCGAAGAUUUCAAAAAAAGCAAGGACACUAUACAAAAAAUACACCGCGAUACAAUCGAGUAUUUUAAUCAACUCGUUGAAAAGCUGUCUGGACCGCGCGAUGCAGAAUUAAAAGUGGAGUUAACUCAAGUGGCGUCUCCACCAAACUCGCCCGGAGCUGGAUCAGGAGAUGUAGCGGAAGCAACAGCUUUAAUCAGCGAUGUUCACUUCUGUUCAUCUCCAACGGUGGCACUCGGCGACAUCCAAUGCGACUUCGACAACGCUCUGGCUGAACUAUUGUACACCACCAAGGAAAGAAAGGAAGUUGAGUCGCUUUUCACCGAGGAGCCAUCUCUUAUUUUUGUCGGUCAGACAAAUUGCGGUAAGAGCUCCAUCAUCAACGAGCUCCUGGGAUGCAAGUCACUUCCUACCUCGGAACAACCGAGCACCGCAAGGAUUGUACGAGUCCACUACGCCAAAGAGCCAUUCUGUCGUCUCACUACCAAGGAUGGAAAAAUAUUAGAGGUAUGGUUCAUAUUUAUAAACACCCCCCAAUCUCCAAAACAUUUAACAAGUUAAACAAGUUUUGUUAUCGCUUCUCUUCAAAAUGUUUUAACAUUUUUUAAAAUAUUUUAGUGAGUAAUCUCAAGUGUACCUCCCCCGUCGCCCCCCGCCCGCCUUGGGAUCGAGCCAGGGGGGGUUGAGAAAUAUUUGGAAAGUUCCUGUUCCAGAGGUAUAUACACAGUAAAAUAACUUCCCGUCAUUCCUAUGAAGUACGCCAUGAUUUCGCCAGACCAAAUGGAGAAGACUCCCAGGACUGUUAAUUUUUAAGGAUUUAUUUGUAGCAGACUGGUUAGAGAAGAAUAGCCUCUCAGUAUUGAAUCUAUAUUCGAAAUUCCCCACCCACCCUCCCCCGACGAACGCCAAGGAACGCGUGACGAAGGGGAGAGGAACUCGUGACGAAAGAAGGAAAGCGUGACGAAGCUCUAAGAAUGUCUUCAGUGGAAGAAUGGUUGUCUCCGUGGAGGUAGUUUAUCUUCAUAGUUCUAUUUUGCAGAACAUAAAACUGAAAGGCAAGAACAAAAUUCCGCGGAAGAAGAUCGAGCUGAGCAGGAAGGACCGGGGGGACUCAUCCAAGGUAGAGGGUAUCAUCGAGACCGGGCUGAACAUCGAGUUCUUAGAGUCCGGUGUCAGUGUAAUUGACUCCCCUGGAAGGAACGAAAAUGAAGCUCUGGAUAAUCUUGUCAAAGAGAAACUGGAAAACCCGCUGGCUUUUGUGAUUUACGUGGUCGAUGGACAUAACUUGUUUACGAAGCAGGUAGGAAGUCAUGACGUUGUAUAGAACUUGUGACAUGUGACUGACACGCAUGUCGUUAGCCUGCACCACAGACUAAAAAUCUGGCUGGGUUGGGUUGUUCAAAGUAGGGUUAAGAUAACCCAGGGCUGAAACCCAUAAGGGGUUGAAACCAGGGCGGCGAAAUUUUCCUUUUUACAAACCGGAAAUCCUAUUUUCUUUCUGUAAUUUCAGGCUACAAUGUUGAAUAGAUAAAUUCGUUUCAUAACAAUAUCAAAAAACAGUUUCAUAUGUUUGUGUCUGUACGUCUAUAAGUCAAACUUGUUGGUCGUAUAAUGCCAAAAUUUGAGUUUAAUUUGAAAGUGUUGAAUACCUCCUCCUUCCACUAAAUAUCACCUAAUCGUCUUUCGCCGUUUCGUUUACAAAAGCUUAACACUUCUUAACCUCAAUUUUUACAUAUGUUAAAGGGGGAUAAAUUUGAUAUAACAUAACAAAAAAUUAGAUUGAUAUAUAUUGAUAUAGUGGCGUUGUACUUCUUCAAACUUUGCUUCUCGGGUGCAAAGCGCCAUGGCGAUUCGCGCAAUGCUUUGCAAAUCCGGCAACCGCAUGUAAACAAAAUUUAUUGAGGUUAGUUGUGAGGUUUAUUCUCCGUUUUUCUCUCUAAAACAAAACAAGGUAAACAGUAAAAACUGAGGGGAAACUAAUUUUGAAGUUUCGAAGAAACAGAAAGACGUAUGAGAUGUCUUUUUCAAAAUUAAAAAGAACGAUGAUGGUGAUUGCAAUUAGCAUAAUUUCACCUUGCACGAGCUGCACGCAUUUAUAAAAUACACGUCAUCUAGUUAUGAAACACGAUCUGCUGUCUUUUAGUUUUGCCAUGGAUGACAUGGAUUAGAUUUUCCUUCGUGUUUUAGAGAAUACCUAGUUACUUUUGUUUUGGAAUAACAUCAACAUUGGCGAGUAGCAGAACGAAAAUAUAAUUCAGUGGUAGAGUCAUGGAACCUUGUCUGUUCGUUUGUCUUCGUUCACCGUUCCCCUAAAUUAUCAGACUGUUAUCUAAAGACCCACACAAACCCUUUGAAAGAGAUGUUUGUCGACUCCAACUAAACCUCCCGCAAAAAAUAGCAACAUUUGCCUCUCGGAGACAGCGUACCAGCACAAAGGAACGAGGAAGAAGUGCAAGAUUAGAAAACAAAUCAAGCUGCCAUAAUUCGCUCCAUGUAAGGUAAUCCGGAAUCCGGAAUCCAGGUAAUUUUGGUCUGUGGAAUCCGGAAUCCAUGGCUUUGGAAUCCGGAAUCCAGCUAAUGGAAUCCGGAAUCCAAGCAUUGUAAUCCAGAAUCCAGGUUGCUGGAAUCCAUUCUGUUGUGAUGGUUCCACUGGGCCUCUUCUUUUCCUUUAGCGACUGUUGCGUGAAAAUCUCAUGUCGCAAGGACGCGCAACAGGCAUGUUCACGCGUGUUUCACUCGCAGGAACAUCCCUUGUCAUUGUCACAUUAUAAUGACGUGACAGAAUCUCAGGGAGUGAUUCAUUGCUGCGGAGCGACCGAAGGGAGCGAGCAGCAACAUAAUCAGGAUUUAAAGGAAAUAUAUAAGGGGCGACGAAUUCUCGAAUUCAUCACUUUUUACCACAAUGCAUUGCAUUUAACCACACUUUUUACCACAAUGCAUUGCAUUUAACCAGAGUGCAUUGCGCCACGAACAACUCAAAAACACGGGGACGUUCGGUGGGUGAGAGCAUCGUUCGCUGCUCAGUUUUCUUCGUGGCAAAUUUUCUACAGCACGGUUAGCAGUCUUACCAAAUUUUAAGACACGCAGGAGUCUUUCAGAUGAGUACGAUGGUUAACUUGGGGUUUGGAUUUCAAUUCAAGAGUCUUUUUUGACUCAAGAACCUUUUUUGCUCUUCGACUCCGCAACACGGCGGAUAUACCAAUUCCAGCUUGCUAGAAGGUGAUGUGAAAGUGAGAAAAUGUCAUGCAAUGCUAUUCUUAAGAAACUGCAUGAGCCGAAAAGGAUGUGAUGUUUACCAUUCGCUUCAAAAUAACAGCGGAAAUCGAGAUAACAAAACAUAUGUUUUGUGUCCUAAUUUGCAGACGAGGACGUGUAUCGGCGUUUUGAAAAGCAUAAUUACGUUCUUUCAUUCAUUUAUUGCCAUGGAAUAUGCGUUUCAUUGUUUUUUCACUGUUAAUAGCUCGGUUAAUGCGGCUGGCGAUCAUCUUGCCGGCGGAAGUUUCAUGGACAAGGAAUAAAAUGAAAGACUUUUCUUGACGACUACGUAAUCAGCCUCUCUGGUGUAGUGGUUAAGUGUAGUUGCGUCGAUUCGAAGGUGCCGGGUUCGAAUUCUACUGAGUUACUUAUUCCUUUUUUCUUUUUUUUCCCGUUUUUUGUGUUGUUGUUUUCUAUAAAUAUAUAGCUAAAUAACUGUUACUUAAUAAAGUGCAACAAACAGCAAGAAAAGUAUUUUGUUUCCAGAGAAAAUAUCGUGCACCGUAUAUUAAAUAUAUGGAUAAACGAUCUGAAUUUCUAUUAUUUCCUACAAUUUGCUCUGGGAAAACCAGAAAUGAUAACCACUUGAUCAUUUUCUAAACAACGUUCCCAUGAGUUCUUUCUAUAGACUGAUAGUAAUUAUUCUAGUACUUUCCAACAUGUAAAUAGGACAUUCAAUGUCAUUUUUGAUUUUUUAAGUCUCACUGCCUAACUAAUGCCAGUAUCAACAGAAUGUGCCGCAGCAUUACUAUCUUUUAGAUACCCUAGUAUUACUGUAUAUUAUCGCUCUUUCGAGCUCUUUAUAAGACACCCUUUCGACCGGGCCUUUCGACCUUUUUCCCCGUUGCGCUUUUGGAAUCGGAGGUUUAGAUUCUUUUCCUGUUUGGGCGCAAUUGGAACUAAUUUUUGGAUUUCAGGUAACGUCAAAAGAAUAAUAAUAUAAAGUAUCCUUAUUCUUGGCCGUAGUAUCAGUAGUCGGGGUGGUUGCAGUUACUGGCUUCUUUCAGGCACAUGUCAUCAGUGUCACUCAAAGAAUGACAUGCUGCACGUGGUGUCGACGUGGUGUCUUUCAUUCAGUCCAGAUUCAAUCAGUCGAAAUCAGACAUCUCGAGAGAUCACUUUGAAUUUUUUUCUCAAUCGAUCGUUAUCAAUCUUUGUCAGCAUGGGGAAGCACAAGAAAAAGCAUGAGUCGGAAAGGUACGUACGUCUAUAAAUUCGGUGUUUGUGACUUUGUGAUGGAAAUGUUUUGGCGGCGUGGUUUUGAAUUCUCGGUUUUCACAUGACGUCAUCAAAAUUCAAAAUAAGAAACUAUCGAUUCUUCUGAGAUUCUGAGUUUCAUGAGCUAUUACAGCACCUAAACACCUUUAUUUAAACAGAGGUUUGGUUCGAAAGGGUUCUUCGUUUUGCGAUAGAGGACGUUUGAAUUUCUAGGCUUUUGCGUGACGCGGCAUUUAGCUGGCGGCCGGGACUGCUCUUCUGUGGGUUAAAAACAUUACCAGUUUUGGGAGAUUUUGCUAUCUAAACAUUCCUUCUGUCAGAAUAAAUAUCACUUUAAUAGUUUAUGAGUUUUUUAAGCGAUGAAUUAACGCAUUAGUAGGAAAACUCAAAAACAGAUGUUUCUGUUGGUUUCCGGCGGCCAUAUUUGUGCCCCUCAAAGGGACACAAACAUGGCGCCUCCAUACAAAGCUUUAUAAAUUUGGGUAAAACGUUUUUCCUAAUAUCUCGCAUAUGAAAUAUCGCACAGACCUGAUUCUUGGCAAGGUCUUUUGCUUAUUUAUCUUCUUUUAUUUCCAAGAUUCGGGACUUUCUGUAUCGAAUGGUUUGCAAUUUUAUUUUUGAUUGCGUGACAGUGAAAACCGAGAAUAGCCUCCCCGCAGACGUCCUUUGGGGUUCGUUUGUCACGCAUUCAUUUCUCCCCCACGGGCUUCCCUCUAUCGACAACCCUCAUAUUCUCUUUGCUAAUAUCACUGAGCGUUACAGCAGGAAUACCAAUAUUUUCCAGCUUUGUAUUUUGAUCUUUCAAGAUUUACCAGGGGAGAAACAACAUCAACAGUAAUGUCAGGGGCACCCAACGACAAUUUUCGGAAAAAUAUCUGUUCGGAAGACGAUUUGAGAUCUAGAAUUUUCGGAACAUUUGUUGUAAAAUUUCUUGCUUGCCUGCCUCUCCUAGGAUUUUCGGACAUCUAAAAAGUGGUAUAAUUGCCUAUUUUUAACGGAUUUUUACCCUAAAAAGGUCACCUAGAAUUUUCGGGAGCCUUUUUUCUGGCUAAAAUUUUCGAAAAGGUAAGUUUUGAUCCCUAUAAUUUUCGGAUCACUUGACUUUCAGCUAGGAAAUCCGAACAGAUGAAAAAUUUUUUAGGGGAUAGAAAUAUGCCUAUAUCUACCGUUUAAAUACUAAAAUACGUUUAACAAUGCUAUGUUUAAGUGGUUUUGAACUAUAUUCUCGUUGGGUGCCCCUGUAAUGUCCAGUAGUUCCACGCAAUAUGUCGCAAAACAAGCAGCAAAGCUUGAGAGAUAAGGGAUUUGCCAAAUCCCGUCGGCAAAUUUAUGAACUCAUCGGUCUUCGCUAUAAAAUUUGCAGGAUAGCUUCUCUCUGAUACUUUUUUAACUCUGUAUUAAUUACAAAUUUCUCGCACACUCGAUCAAAAGCCGCACUGAUCGUGCGAAUCUUAAGAAGCGGCUCGGGUUACGUUUUACAAAAAUCCGUAAACGGCCUGUGAUUGGUGAACGUAAAAGUCGGCUCUGUUUAGCAGACGUCCGUGGGGGAGAAAUGAAUGCGUGACAAACGAACCCCAAAGGACGUCUGCGGGGAGGCUAGGUUUUGAAUAGAUCAGAAUGUGUGAAACAGUAAUCUAAAACUUCGAGCAGCUAUAUCUGUCUGUUUCUAUCAUGUUCAGAAUUAUGAGCUAACUAUCUUGCAAAUUUAUGUACAGGAGUCCAAGAAAGAAAGAGAGAAAAGCGGAGAAAGAAAAGAAAAGUUCAAGGUCUGUGGCGUUGUCGUUGUUUGUUCUAUUCGUGUUUUCUGCUCAAAAAGCGGUGGUUGUGCGAACACUUACUGAAGCGUUUCUUUAAUCAAAAUUAUAUUCGAAGGUGACAGCGUUUCCAUACCAUUUACAGACAUGCUAAUUAAAUAGAGCCUUUGAUCAAUGAAACGAACAUACCAAAGUGAAUCCAAAGUAAAUUAUCGAAUUUACUUCACCGUAGAGCUCCGGAAAUUGCUUGAAAAGGUCUGAGGAACUUGUCAACUGAAUUUCCAUUGCAGACAUCUUCACAUCGUUCCCGGCUCCGCAAAAACGUGUUCUUCUACACGAACCAAGAUUUCGUGGCCAAAACCUCUCCACAUCUCACUUUUUAGGCAGUCGAGUGUUCUUAGGGGCCUUUCAUGUUUUCAUAAAACAUCCAUCAAUUUUCUUUUUUGUUAGUUCAAUAACGACACAGCAGUUCAAUAUGUACACAACAGAUCAAUAACCACACCAGUAGUUCAAUGACUACACAUCAGAGUUCAUUGAGCGUAAACUACAUGCAGCUGCGGGAAGAAUAGCCACAAAUACGUUAGUUAUUUUUUAAUAAGAAUGCAUAGCAUUAAGUAAGUGGUAAAUACUCAUUUAGCUAUGGUACGAGAACUAAAUUGAUAAAUAGCUAUGUUACACUGUUAUUAAGUUCUCCGGUGAUGUCUGUAAUGGGAAUUCCCCCAAGUGCAUUCUAACCCGAGUGCUCGACUUUUCUUCCGAUGGAUGAGACAUCAUUUUAACAACAGAGGAGGAUAACAGGCUCUGUCGAAUUGCUAAUGGGGACUACGGUGACGAUGAUGACAAUGAGAAUGAAACUGCACCACCAACUGCAGAGGAUGAGGGAGAAGUAUCCCUCCCGAUAAGACUGCCGGGAGUUAGUUUAUCAGGACGGAGAACGACACGGUUUAUUCUAAGAUAAACGUUUCCGUUGCCUGCGUAGCUUGUAGUAUAGUAAUUGGACUAUCUUCACGCUAUUUGUUGGUAAGCUGUAACUGAAGUUUUACAUUUCUGUGUGGCAAUUAAACAAUUCGGAGACGAAUUAUGUUUGAACCUGAAAAGCACUGAUUUUGGCAAUGUGUACCUCUUUUGUUAUUGUUGACGCCGUUGUUAUUAUUAAAAUAAGAAUAGCCCUUCCUCGUUAGUAUUUCUUCAACGAUGUGGACUCAGUGGACUUUAGAAACCGCUCCUAUAUUCAUAAUCCUGUCGGGUAAGACAAUGUACACUUCGGGUAAAAAAAGAACAAGCUUUUUUGGUGAAAACAAAGUACAAAGGAAACGUUGAAAACCAGAAAAUAGAAUUUUGAAAUCUGGAAUCCAGCCACUUAUGGAAUCCGGAAUCCAUGGAUGUGGAAUCCGGAAUCCACAGGCAUGGAAUCCGGAAUCCACAGCGUGGAAUCCGGAAUCCAAGACUCUCUUGGAUUACCUUACAUGGGGCGACAUAAUUCAGUGACAGCGGCAGUGUCUAAUGUACAAACCACAUCGCAAGCCCUGACCGAAGAAUUUGACCGAAGUGGAAAACAAGCGACAUUUCUAAGCAGAGUCCCAGUCCUCUGCAUCACACCUUUUUGCUCGGACGCGCUCGUUUCACCGCCCAACCUUUAUCCUAACCUUUAUCCCCCUUAAUAUCCGCCCUGAUUGAAACGUGUAACUCGCGUUCAAUGCUCGUGAAUAUUCAUUUUGACCAUAUUUGAAAACCUUAGUGACGGAUAUCCAUUUUCAACAAAAUGGCUGCUGCGCGAUCACCAUGCAGAUGUUUUAAGACAAGAGUUCUGCAUUUCAGGGUUAAAAAUACACCGUUAAAAGACAAAAAAUGGAAAGAGAAAGUUCAAAAGAAUGCUCAGCUUUCUUUUUGUGGAGAAAGGGAAGCUUUUCAUCAAGAGAUCGUCCUUCGAGGUAUUCAACCUUGUUUUCUUCACGGCGGAGCCCAUGGUCUGUUAUGAAAUGCAACCAAGUCAGUGAAGUUUUUGCUGAAUUUUCAGGUACAUUUUGCACUCUAUGGCCAAGACAAUUACGUUUUUGAAAGGGAAUUUAUGUAUUUUUAAAUGUUUCAUAGACGUUUUAUAAAUUUUUCCCUUCGGCGCUAAAGAAAAGUUACAAAAUGUGCCCUGAUUUGAGAUGGAUUUUGUGUUGAAUUUUGUCACGUGUUUAGCCGAUUUCACUUGCGUGAACGGAUCCACGAUCCAGAUGGUGUUUUCCGAAUUGCUUUAAAGGAUUAACUUUUUGGACUUUGAAUAAAAAUUUUCAAGAAACGGCUUCUCUGUCUAUUGUUUUGAGUUUGUUCAUUCAUAAAAUUAGCUCAAAACACGAUCGUGACUACAACAUCUAAGUUUAAUUUAAGCUUUAAAAAUGCUUCUUGCAUUCAUUACAAGCAUCACUUUUUGCGAAGAUGUCAGGUUCAGGUUUUUGACACUUUUCGAUACGCAGCUAAUGAAUUUUAUUCGAAAAUAUUUUUCACUGUUUAUUCUAGACUUUUAACACAAGAAUCGCCGAAAGGCGAUUUUUAACUGGGCUGCAAAGGAGCUAUUUUUUCUGAGGGAAGGGGGCGGCUAUACACACUCAGGCUACCAUAAAACCUUGUCGGCAACCAUUGCAUGCAACUAGCCUGCGUAGCAGGCGCUUGGAAGUAGCGGGCGAAAGAGAGAACGGGCGCGCGCGAGCCCGUUUUUUCUUGUGCCCACUACUUCCAAGCGCCUGCUACGCAGGCUACAUGCAACAGAAUCUCAUGUGAGACUGAAACAUAAACUCAUUCAGAACAUUGUACCCUUUUGAAAGACUGUCGUACUGGCAAAAAAAAGAGUACCAUUUUUAAGUAGGGGCUGUAUAAUAACUUUUAAAUUCCACCAUUAUGAAUAAAAAUAAACAAGUUAGCCAUUAAUUCUAAACAGGAAACAAUUUGCAUUAUUUCCACGCACCCCUCCCCCAAUCCCUCUGUGCCCCAAAAUAUAGCGUGACAGUAUAACGUGACUAAUUUGACGUAACCGGAAAUUCCAAAAAUUGUUGUCCUUCUACGAGCAUAAAAUGCGACAGACUGAGCUGAUUUACACUAGACAGAAAUAUUGUAUUGUAUGAAAACCAGAAGUAUACUAAAACAGACAGUUAACUGCCCAUUGAUCCCGCCUGAUCCAGGGGCCCAACUGACUGCACGGAGACUUUACUUCGCUUUUCAUAAACAUGCGAACUCUAAAGUUCAAAAGCCACCUUCACUUCACAAUUGUGUUUAUCGCUGCCGUCAAUUAUAAUUACGAUCACAAGCAACGAACCUUGAAACAGAGAAACACACAAAACGGAUCGAAAUCCACAAAUCACAAACCAUGACCUUUUGAACCCGUGAAGUAAAGUUUUGUUUCCUAAGAGGUCCGUUAAGAUGAUUGACAGCAGCGAAAAACGCAAUCGUCGGUUGGGUUCUGAACUCCAGAGGUGCUUACUAUUUGACAGAAAAAUCCGGUUAGGGUGUCGAAAGCAUAAUGGUAAGCGAUUUGCCAGUUUACCGUAGAAAUGCCAUAUCCGUUACGGUUGGAAUCCAAAAGAAGGGUAAAUUUGUGUCGCGUGAGUCUGGAACUGAGAAGGAACUGAGAAAUUGGUUAAUGGUAAGCAACAUUCCGUUUGGUUCGUACCAACCGGAAUGAAAGGACUACCUCAAUACGUACUCCUCAAUUUUCGGUUGGAAUUUCCGAAAAGUGACCUUACCAUUUACCUUCCAUCUGGAAUUUCCGAAAUUUUCCGUCAAAUGGUAAGCACCCCAGAAUUCGCAUGUUUGUGAAAAGUGCGAUCCUAAUUUGCGGUCCACAGUCUACAUGAAAACGCACUAUUUUUCCACAAGAUGAAAAGUAUUCAGUUUUAAGAUUUUCCUCACGGUAUUUUUCUCUAACUUAAAGGAAUAAAAUCCUUUGCAUUUUGAGACCUAAAAAAGUUUAAAGAUUUCUCGCUCGCAUGUUGCGUUCACCAGCACGCCCUUCAAACAAUGUAAAUAGAAGAAACGAUCGAUAACAUAUUUUUUACCUGAUACCGAUGUGAGUUAAAAAUUCGCUCCAGUUCUGUUUGUCUCACCCAAGACUAACUUUUCUUCAUGGAAACUAUGCCGCUUUAUAACUCGUCCGAGGUUUUUGUGCCAGCUAAACAACACUGGGAAACACUUUUCACAGUGACUCCUUGGAUAUUAAAAAGACUGAACGUGACGCACUAUUAUGCCUUUGUUUACUUCUGAUCACAUCUUCAAGCGAAGUCUCUCUUUUCAAGCGAUUCAUCUCAAUGCACAAUAAUUGACCCUUAUAUUAGUUAAAAUCCUAUGGUUCAUUUAUAUUAAUGCUGUUUUUGCCCCUCACAUUGACUGUGUUCGUUCGUAUUCAAAACACCUUUACGAAAAUAAAGGUCGUAUAAGUCAUGUGUGUUAUGUUUCGAGAUAAAUGGAUUAUACGCUUUUUUAAGUUUCCAUUUUGCGGUGACUUCAGUUUACAUCUCCAUAAAAUGGUAAAAGAAAUAUCAAGAAACAUCACGAGAGCUGAAAAUUUUCAAAGGCAUGUUUCUGAAACUCGCUAAUGCUGACAUCAAUAUAGCGUGCUUGCUGAAUGGGCGAAAACACAGAAUUGUGAUCACAAGAUCUUGUACAAAUUUAAUGACAAAAGCUUAGCAAGAUACAGAUACAAACAAAAGCAGACCCCUGAAACCUCGACGUGGGAUACAAACUUUGUAUGCUCUAUUUUGGCUGACGGUAUUCGGUGAAAUAUGAUUGUUUACGGUAUUGCGGUACGGUUGUUUGCGCUUUCCUUUCGAUACAAUACGCAAAACAAAACACAGUAAGACAUAAAGGUCAAGAAAAGUUAAUAUUUAGAAGUCUUUAGACAUAAUGGUAAAUGAUUACACCAUUUGUGGGUCAUUUUGUGACUCAGUCACCAAACCUUUGUCAGUCACCAAACCUUGUCAAUAGAAAUAGCUCCUAUUUUCCUCAAGUCGCUCUCUGUGAAGCUCCCGGAUGGGAUGUCCCGGAGAAGCUUUAAACUUUUGUGCGAAAUUCUCAGAGUUCCUACUUUUGUCCGUGUCUUCUUUAUCCUCAGUAUCCGAAAUUUAGAUCUCCAAAGUGGCGUGUGUUGCAUUAAAUAGAAGGAAAUAUUUAAAGGAAAAUCCAGUCUUCUAACAUGGCAAAGUUGUCACGUCCCUCGCUUAUGGACGUGCCUCACAUCAGGAUUCAUCUGCCAUUCAUCGGCAACUGAGUUGUUCGCUUCACUGACUAUGACGGCUUACAAUCAAGUCUUCAGCCAUAGUGUCGUCAACUGGUGAAAUAGUUUGCUCAUAAAUUGUGCUUCUUAAUUGCUCAUGUACUACAUCGAUCGAUAGUUCACGAAGCAGCCACGGCGUUCCAAACCUGACGCUCACAGUCAUCUUUUCUGUCUUUUAGUGUGAACCUACCGUGAACGGCGUGUCGGUUUGAAUGCAACGCGAGCAUUUCUCUGAGUUUCCCAGCGCCAACAUCAUCUAACUGACUUAAACUCGAACAAUAAAAAAAUUAUAGAGUUACUCCCAUGGUCGAAUAGCUUUGAACAACGCAAAUAGCCUUCUUCAGGUUCGCAACGCCUUGUGAGUUUUUCAGGGGGAGCGCAGACAAGGUACAAAAAGUAUCCGUGCAAGGGUUCAUGCAAGAGAAAACCCUAUGAAACCAUUUGUGAGAACAUCGUUUCUACGUACAGACCCUCGUGUUUUCCCUCCCCCGGAUGACCACUUUGCGACACCGACGACCGAAAACCCAUUUUAUGACUGUGCUUUCCGGGCAGCCCAGUAAUAAGAAUUUUAAAAGCCUAUUAGCAGUAUAAGUUUACUGUGCAGAGGGUCAACGAGGCAUCGUUUUUUCAAGUGACAACUUCAAGAAGUUGCGAGGCCGUCAAUGGGUUUCAUAAUGUUACGUUUGGCCCGGGUGGUAAUUUAAGGCAAUAAUAUCCUGCUCAGUGUUUCGGUAAUAUUCCUGGUUUCAACCUUUGAAAGCUUUCUCGGCUUUCGGGAGUUUUUCCCCCGUUUGUCGGCCAUUUUUUUAAGCGGGCGCGGGAACCUGAAGGAAAAUUAUAUCACGUUGUUUACGAAAUUUGAUCGGUCAGUUAUCUCUUCUUCUCGUUCCAAAUAUGGUACUUUCGAAAAUGAAUAAUCACGAGCAUCGGACAAAGCAAACAUAUGAGAGUUACACGUUUCAACCCCUUAUGAGUUUCUGCCCAGGGUUAAUGCAAAAUUUCAAUCAAUUCAGAUCUGAAAGCUUAAAAAGCAAAUUCAGUUUUAUUCUUUUUGUCCACAAUUUGAUGAUUUGAUGGUCUAAAAAGAAUCGAGAAGAUUAUCCUGAAAAUGGUCUUGAACAAAAGAAAAAAAAAACCUGGGUUAAAAUUUAACCCAGCGUUAGCGCUAAUCGGCUUUCGAACAAGCACAGGAAGCCCAUACAAUCUGUUUGUGUAGCCGCUUGUUAUUUUAUAGUAAAUGUACUGGAUUUACCGUUUGCUUCACCUAUAGCGAUAUAUCGCUAACUAUGUAUAUAAAUCAAUGAUAAAUGGACGUUGAAUUACCUUACCUGUGGUAUAUAGUCGUCGUUUUACCUCAAAAGCGGUUUUUUGAGCGAUUUUGAAGGAGUUUGAUUUUGCCCUUGACUGUUCCUUAUAAUAUUAUAAGGAACAGUCAACGGCGAAUUCAAACUCCUUCAAAAUCGCUCAAAAAACCGCUUUUGAGGUAAAAGGACGACUAUAUACCACAGGUAAGGUAAUUCAACGUUCAUUUAUCAUUGAUUUAUAUACAUAGUUAGCGACAUAUCGCUGUAGGUGAGGCAAACGGUAAAUCCAGAACAUUUACUAUAAAAUAACAAUCGGCUACACAAACAGAUUGUGCGGGCUCCCUGUGGAACAACUGGAAUACAGCACCGAAGACCUUGUUCUAGGCGCUCACCUGUGUACCAGGAUUUGAGUAUGCGCUAUGAUUGGCCUGUUAAAAAAGCCAUUGUCGAUUUUCGAAUUAGGUUGAAGAGAAAUUCGAAACACAUUUCAAGUAAUUCGUUGACUCCGCCGAGGGCCCAGAACAAGGAUAUUGGCGUUGAUUCGAAGACGUAAGUAACCGGGAUUAAAUUACAACUGCAGCACAGCAAGGCACAGGCUAGCAUAUCGUUUCAAGACAAAUUGAAAAAGGUUUGUUUUUAGGGUGCGGACUGCUCUUACCUCUACCGUUUCCUUGAAGAAAGGCAAAUUGAUGUAUCUCCACUGACACCAUAGCCUGACGUGCCACCGACGAAACUAACUCUGGUUAAGUCCGUCUGCGAAACAGCGCCGAAAUACUUGUCUGGGCCCCCAACUGUGUACCAGUCGGCGCCAUGAUUGGCCUGUUUAAUGCCAUUGUCAAUUUGCCUGUCAAGAUAAAAGGAAUUUCGAAACGCGCUUCCGGUAAUUCAUCGAGUCCGUUGAGGGCCACCAGAACAAGGAUCUCAAGGGGUUUAUAAGGCCUGGGUCAAAGAUGUGUUUUGAGCAUAUGAAUAAUUGGCAAUAUCUCUCGCUAGGAGACCUAGAACAAAAUGAGCUUUUCUCCAAAAGUAAAUCUGGAGGUUUUCUUGUGCUUUAGCCUUUAGUUAUGGUCAUGUGACAUGCCACGUGACCAAAAAUUGAAAAUGAAGGAAAUUGGUGGCGAAUUUACUUUGUUUCGAUAAAGAAAUUGGUGUCUCUGAAAGAGGAUCAACAUACGAAACUUUCUACGUUUGGAAUGAAUGUACGCGAAGUUUAAAAUUAACGUUUUAAAUAAUUCAAGGUUAAAUUUGGGCAUUUAAAGUGAUGUUUUCCCUCUUAAUUUUUUAUUGAAGUGCAAUGGACGGUCAUUCGAAACGUGAAGUGUUAGAAAUGUCUUAUAUGAAUUAGAAAAAUGUUUUUUCCCGAUUUCUUUCCCUAAAACCGGCCACCAAUUGGUCAAUAAUUUACGAUUUUUAGCAAAUCGUCACCCGACAUAUCACGUGACUUAUUAACGCAAUGUUUAUAGUUGAAAAUGUUAAGGACGAUGAGUUCUUUAUGUGUGCCAAAUUUUGAUUCAGCGCCAUCAUCUGUGACAAGGUUAUAGCCAAUAAUUCAUUUUCCACAAGUAAACGCCUUAGUGAGCCCCACGCCUUAAACCACUUGAGAUAUCGGCGUUGCUUCGCAGAUGUUACUUACCGAGGUUAAUUAAAUUACGGCUGCGACGCGGACAACUGAACUGGCAUUAGUCAGAGUAAAAUGUUGUUAUCAGAACUUGAUGACUUAGAUUCAUUUUUAGACUGAUUAUGCGUAUCGACCAUAGAUUUUGUUUAGUUAGCCAUUCACCACCCACUGACACAAUCCGCACUCAUUCACUCACUAUAAACAUUACAUUCCAUGUUAACUCGCAAUGAAAUCUUUAGCUAUUUUCUUAGGGAUUCCAAGGGCAAGCUACAAUUGUAGCUACUCCACUGCCCUCGUACCAAUUACGUCAAAAGCGGAUUUAGUUAUAGACGUUCGGUGUUGUGGAAUAGUCUAUCUGUGGAACUGUGCCAAGAGCGAACUCUUUCCUCCUCUGAAAUCCGGCUGUAGUAAUUUCUAUUAGAAAAUAGACGAUAACCAUUUUGCACGGCAUUCAUGGAAAGUAGGCACCUUGCAUUUUUAUUAUUAACAUUACCACUGUUAGUCUCGUUUGAAGAAGUAGAACGCUAGAUCACGGAGGGUCGUGAGUUCGAAUCUAUACUUGGGCUGGGAUUUUUUUCCGAGUUUCAUUUGAUGCAAAAAAUGUGUUAUUUACCAUUGUUAUUACUGUUCUUAGAAUUGUUACUGAUUAGCUUUAAUUUAAUAAAUUAAUUUUUUAAACCUUGUUGCCUAAUAAUUAUUUUACUGUAGAAAAAUUAAGUUAUUCAAUACAAUUUAAUUCAAUACAAUGCAAUAAAAAACAUUACAAUGCAAUACCGGCAAUACAAUACCCACACUCACUAAAUUACUUACGUGCUCUUUUACUUUCAUUAUUCACUCAAUCACUCACUCACUAAGCUACUUAGUUACCUACUCACCCACUUCCUGUUUUACGUACUUAACUGCUAAGACGUCGUGUUUCAUUUGUAGGACAGGGAAGUGUUAAGUGACAUGACAUCUAGAAGACCUGAUUUGCAAAUUUUCUUUGUGGUGAGUAAGCUGGAGCCUGAAGAUCGUGCACAGUCUUCAGACGAGGACGAAGAGCCAGAUCACAGUGCUUCUGCACGCCGUUUAGAACAAGAAGCCCAAGCACAGGAAAGAAAAAAAGCACGUGUGUACCAGCGCCUUGUUCAGCACGGCUAUUUCUCAGAAGAGAGUAGCCCGAUAAGGUGUAUGAAUGAAAACGACCGAUUCCACGGCCUCUCUGCCUGGAGGCUUCAGAGGUACCAUGAGAUGAAGAAGAACAACCCAAACGCGCCAACCGGUGAGUUUAAAGGAUACAUCGACGCCUUCGAAAGGUUUCAAAACAGCUUGAAGAAGUUUGCGGAGGAGUCGUUGCGUGAAAGAGUUGAGAAGAUAUGCCAAGUUCUUAUCCGUGUCCUGUCAAGGUGUUUGGACUUUUUCAUCCAGAAGGCCAAUUUGCUGAAAAAGGGACAGAAGUUGAUGAUGAAGACCCUAGAGACUCUCCUUAGAGAGGAACAGGAAGUCCACAACAACAUCAUACAGAGUCUGGAGAAGAGAUCUAUUGAAAUUAAGGAGUUGUUAUCUGAAGGUUUCAAUGACGCUCGAGAGGGAAUUCUUCAGGAAGCAGAAAAAUUUGAGUACGCUCUGACGGAAUACCAAAUUCCACGUGAUGGUUUUGUUUCUGAGAAAGCCGCCGUGGCACACUGUAAAGACCAGCUACAAAGAAUGGUGGUCAACAAGCUACAAGGGGAAAUCAAAGAAAAGUUAAACAUGAUGUUUCGCUCAAGAGACGUGUUCGUGGCCCAAAUUAAAGAACGCCUCGAAGGAAUUGAAGAAGAGAUAGCCUCAGGAGAAGAAUUCCCAUCAGCAGCUCUAGCCUUAGGUAGAAGUCUUCUGUCUUCGUAUGAAGCUGACAUCUCCUUUGCAAAACGAGGCGGACUGGUGGCUCGAUUUAUUAAAUCACUUGCCACAUGGCUGUAUGACUUUGGAUGUUCACCAAUUGAGACCAUCAUCAACACCGUUAAGGGCAAGGUCCGCGUGGGAUCCCCUGAGUGGAAGAAGGAUGUUGCUGCAGGCGUUCUCGAGAAAGUGGAUCCAACCAAGAUGUCUGAGGAAAUCAUCAGGAGCUUAAACCUUCACUUUACGUCGUGCCAUGAUGAGUUUGUUGCAGAAAUCAAGAAAGUUCAAGGCCUGUUUCAACGGGGAGAGACCAUCAAAGAUGAACAGAGGGAAAAGAUUCUCGAAUUUGCUCCAGACCUUGCCCUCUUAGAGAUGCUGGCAUAUGGUGUCAUGGAUAAGUUCAAGUUUGGUUCACCCAGUACCGGUGAUCUCAUUGGCGAUGGUGCUCAAGGAAGUGUGUUCGCUUGCAAUAACAUAAAGACACCUGAGGGAAAGCCUUGUGUAGUAAAGGUGGUAAAAGUUGCUAGAGAAGAAGUACUUAAGGAUUUGACCCUGGAAUUGCACAACACCAGGUAAAACAAAUUUGAUCAUAUCUUUUAAUGAUAAAAUGCGCAAUAGAAGCAAUAAAUAUUAUUACGCUUUUCUGCACACGCUGUGUGCGUCUAAAUGGCGCCGACCUCAUCUUCCCUCAUCGAUCCGCUUUUCUCUGUAUUUUCUGGUUGGAGGCCACUUUAGCUGUCAACGCAAAAAAAAAUUUUCACUGACUUUCUCCUUGCAGGUAACUGACAUCAACUUUUUGCCUCGCAUUUGAGUUCACUUCCGUCUCUAUGUCAUGGGCAUUAUAAUUUUCCUCUCAUAUUUUUCCGUCCACGCGUUGUAUCAGUGAGAAAAACUACGUAAGAUUCUCCUGAUAAUAAAAGAAGUGAAAGCUACCCAAGAUGACGUUGUAAUUUUUAGAUACGCGUGUCUUGAAACACCUCUGAUUAAUUCGCAGGUCUUUGCGACAUCAGAACAUUCUGCCCAUAAUUUGCAGCAUCGCGGAGGUCAAUCCAGCACGUGGAUUUUCUGUAUCAAUUGUCUCGGAACGAAUGGUGUGUGAUCUCCAAGUAGGUCUGCCCACCAUCUCAUCUUUCAGGGAUAGACUUCAAAUUGCUCUUGACGUCGCCAAAGCCUUACAGUAUCUGCACGCAGAAGACAUGAUCCAUCGAGAUGUCAAAGUGCAGAAUGUCUUGGUGAGUGGAGCAAUAAAAUAUUUUAAAAAGCAGAUACAGUAAGAUUAUAUACCACUCUGAGAUUUCCCUGUAAUGACCGAAUUGACGUGGUUAAUAAACUAUUUAGUAUAUGUCCUGUUUGGUGCUAUUCUUAAAAAGAAUACAAAUAAAAUCUCGUUCUCGCUGCGGCUCUCUCCGUCGCUCAAAGAAGGAUCGGUUUGCACGUAUUUUUCUUUCAGUUUAUGAAAAGAUAGUUUUAUUUUUUGUCGGUAUUUUUUGUUGUUUUCACCCUCGCGCUCGUAGCUUUUACUCACAACUCAAAAUAGACGCUGAGCCCGGAAAAAAUUUUCAUAACGCCCGGUCAUGACAAGAAAAUCUUGCCCGCUCAGCAGCCUAUCCGAAGCGCGCAUACCAUUGUACUUAGCCAUAUAAAAAAGUGGAAUAAUUCAGGGUUUUUGGACUAACUACCUGUUCAUUUUGCUCUUUUUUCAGUUGGAUAAUUCCAACAGGGCAAAGUUGACAGACAUGGGCCUUUGCAAGCCGGAAGGUCUCGCUUCUAACUCGCUUGUAGGGACACCUAUAAAUAUGGCACCAGAGAUGAUCAAACAACAGUACGACAAAACCGUCGACGUUUAUGCGUUCGGCAUGUUGUUAUGGAGAGUGUGCGAGGGUAAAGGCAACCAACCGAAAAACGUGCACAAACAUUUUCUCCCUUUGGUGAUGCUCAUGUUAAACGCCGUCGAAAACAGGACCCCGGAGAGGCUGGAUAUAUUUCCUCAGAAUUGUUGGGAACUUAUGGAGCGUUGCUGGGCAAGUGAUCCCGAAAAACGUCCCUCGAUGGAUGCCGUGGUAAAAGACCUGGAAGAGAUCCUUCGAGAUCCGAAUUGA